CUAGGUAAAAAAAAAUAGUCCGGGGCCUCCCCCAUUUUAGCAGUGCAUUAAAACAUAAAGAUCUUUGGUCAACAAAAUGUAACGCUAUGUCAAUUCUUAGAAGAAAAAAGAGUGUGUGUAUAUGUAUAUCUCUUUAUGUUUAGUCAAAGGGCAAUAUCAACCAUACCGUUAUCAGCGGAUUGAUUUACUCUCUGUAUUGGUAAAUAUGAUCACGUGAUUCAUGUAACCAAUCACUGAAGAUGAAGCCAGCAAAAAUACUAUGAUUGUGCGGAGGCAAGGUUUCCGUAACAGUGUAACCUUUUAUAUGACUACGAGGGGAUCCAAAAAUGUCGACCAGUUCUACUCUAAGCAACUAUUAUGUGGACUCUAUAAUGGGACACGAGGCGGAAGACGUGUACGGAGCGCGUUAUGUCCAGAGCCCGCUCUCGGCGGCCGCUAGGCCGUCAGGUGUAGGGGAAAAUGCGGAUUUUUCCUCCUGUAGCUUUGCUCCCAAGACAGCCGUGUUCCCCACGUCCUGGUCCUCAGUUCAUCCGCCGUCCACGGCUACGGUGUCCGGAAUUUAUCAUCCGUACGUGCACCAGUCCCACAUUGCAUGUGCAGAUAACAGAUACGUGCGUUCCUGGGUAGAUCCAAUCUCGAGCCACAUCUCCUUUUCCGGCUUCCAUUCGAGUAGUCGUCAGUGCGGGACAAAGGCGGAAACUUUACCGCCGAAAAGGACCGAGAGCUCUGCGUUCGGCCCUGACACUCCGGCGGCCCCAGACUACAGCUGUAGCGCCCUGGCCGAGCGUGUACAGAAAGCUAACAAAGAUACCGCUGACAACGAUAUUUCCAACCAAAGCGAGCCCAAAGACGAGAAACAUCAACAACAACAACUUGACCCAAGCAACCCAGCAGCAAACUGGAUUCAUGCACGUUCAACGAGAAAGAAACGAUGUCCAUAUACAAAAUACCAAACACUGGAACUGGAAAAGGAAUUUCUUUAUAACAUGUAUUUGACGAGAGAUCGCCGUUACGAAGUUGCACGAAUUCUGAAUUUGACCGAGAGGCAGGUGAAGAUCUGGUUCCAGAACAGACGAAUGAAAAUGAAGAAGAUGAACAGAGAGAGGGGUAGCCAGGAGCCUCAGUGAAUAAUACUGCGGGCAGCUCGCCGCUCCAAGUGUCCUCUAUGUAUAUGAGUAAUAUGUUACGUUUAGAUCGAGGGUGUUGCAGCCUCGUUGGUUUAUGUUCUUUCUGUGUCUUUGUCAAAUUAUUCUAUGGAAAUACACAAGCUUACAUUCUGAUUCUUUUGGACUGGAUGUAUUGAGAGUCUUAAGUGAUUAUGAUUUGUUCAUUCUUGAAACAAAUGUUCGAACGGUUGUGCACGCAGGUAAAGUACACACACUAGUUAUGUUAUAUGCAGUUUUGAUUGUGUUUCUUAGUAUACGCUUAAUUAAAUCUUAAUAAUGUACAGAAAGCUGAUUGAGGAUCAGUAUUCAUGGAGCAGUAAUAGGCCACACUACUCUCCUGACACCCAACAUGCAGUAAUAAUUAAGUAGGAAUAUUUGGAUAUAAAUUUAAAUAUGAAUAUGAGAAAUGUCGUUGAUGAUUAGUUUAGUAGUUGAGACCCUGAAGGUCUUACUACCUAGUUCGAGUGGCGGCUAUGGACAGAUAUUCAUUUAACACUACAAUUUAUAAUAAAUGCAUCUAGGUAUGUCCAUAUAUUGAACGUGUAAAAAAGUAUCGGGGCUUAUUUGUAAUAUAACAGCGUUCAACAUUGCGUAGCCUGUUUGUCUCUCGCAAUACCACACUAACUAUUUUAAAGGCCUAAAAUCUAUUAAGAAAAAUAACUUAACGAAUAUGUAAAUCUCCUUGGGG